GGGCAGGGAGGUGGCUUCACCUCACCAUGUGUGUGUGUGUAUAUGAGAGAUAUUGAGAAGAGAUCACUGGUGAGUGCAGGGCGUUUGGGAGCAGAGAGAAAGGAUGAUGGGUUGACCUUUGGAGAGGGCCUCACUUAUAAAAAACCUGGAGAACAUCAUGGAAGCCAAAAAGGUCCUCCAUUUUGUGCCAUCUGAGGCUCCAGCCACCGGGAGGUCUAAGAAUGGAUAUGUUUUCCAAGAGAUGGAGCUGAAGGAUGGGGAACAGGAGGAUUGUGGGCAAGAUUCACCUGACAAGGACUAUGACACCCAGAUCGGGUUUUCAGAUCCCGAGUGUCCUGGGUUUGGGCUUUUGAACACAACAAGAAAAUAUGUGAAGCCGAUGAACUUCCAGGAGGAAGUGCGCGCCCACAGAGACCUGGACAGCUUCCUGGCCCAGGCGAGCAUCCUUUUGGAUGAGACAGCCGCCACUCUGGACGAGGUGCUGAGGCGAAUGUUGACCCACAUGGUGGAGGACGGCCACGGGACCUGCGAUGCCGACGAGGUCAUGAACUCGCUGUUCACGGACGCCGGAGGGAAGGAGUUUAAUGUUCACCUUCUGUCAGAGACCAUUCAGGGUGUGACGGCUACUUCCACUGGCGUUCGUUACCAGCAGUCCUGGCUUUGUAUUCUCUCCAAUGUGAAGAGUCUGCAGAGACGUCACGUCUGCAUCGCCCGCCUGGAGAGGCCGCAGAACUGGGGCAGCAACUGCUGCGAGGCCCGCUACGUCAUCCUCAUCCUGGCCCCUCCGAGAACGAAAAGCACCAAGACGGCCAUCGAGCUCGGAAGAACGUUUGCCACGAUGUUCUCCGACAUUUCCUUCAGACAGAAGCUUCUGGAGGCCAAGACCCAGGAGGAGUUCAAACAGGAGCUGGUCUACCAGCGACAGCAGCUCUCCGUCGUCACCGAGAAGCCGGUCGUGGAGGAAGUGGAGGACUCAGAUCCACGUAAAGGGAAACCACUUAAGUGCAUAGAAUUCUUUAAAGCCGGUAAAGGUGUUUAUGAAGACCUCCGUCGCAGACUCCCCCUCUACCCCUCAGACUUCACAGACGGUAUGACUGGGAAGGACCGCUGUCUGCUGAAGUACACUACCACGGCUAUCUUCCUCUACAUCGCCAUUCUGCUGCCCGCUAUCGCCUUUGGCUCAUUAAAUGACGAAAGCACAAGAGGAGAGAUAGAUGUUCAGAAGACCAUAGUUGGCCAGAGUAUUGGAGGAGUGAUCUAUUCAUUGUUUGCUGGCUCACCUCUCGUCAUUCCACUCACCACUGCACCACUGGCCAUCUUCAUAAGCGUCAUCAGGGGGAUCUGCGACGACUACGACAUCGACUUCAAAGCUUUCUACGCCUGCAUCGGUCUAUGGAACAGUCUGUUCCUCAUCCUCGGAGGCUUGUUCAAUGUCAGCCUGUUUAUGAAGCUCUUCAAACGCUCAACAGAAGAAGUCAUUGCGUUGUUCAUCUCCAUCGCAUUUGUCGGGGACGCAGUGAAAGGCACGGUUAAAAUUUUUCAUCACUUCUACCAUGGACCCACGCUGGCGACCACAAACAGCACGUUGGUGCUUCAGCAGAUUACUGAUCUCCUAGAGAAGGCGAAGAACCAGACGGAGCAUCAUAAUGAGACUGUGUCCAUCUUCCUGCCUGAAUCUCUGGUGUUGACAACAAGAGAACGGCCCAUCCUCUGUCUGCUGCUCAUGUUGGGGACUCUGUGGUUCGGUUACGCCCUCUACCUCGUCAAGAGGAGCCCGUAUCUGAAUGCCAGAGUCAGGGAGGUGGUGUCUGACUGCGCUCUGCCGAUCUCUGUGGUGGUAUUCUCCUUCAUUGGCUCCUACCUUUUCCUUGACAUAGAGCUUCCUAUGUUCAGUGUCCACAAUGGCCCCAUCUUCAACUUCCCUCCAUUUGAUAAGCUGUCAGGAAUGACCACACUGAGCGCGGUCGGGCUGGGCUUCCUCCUCGCCUUGCUCAUCUUCAUCGACCAGAACAUCGUCAUCUCGCUCACACACGUACCAGAACACAGGUUGCUAAAAGGCACAGCGUUCCACUGGGACUUAAUGCUGACUGGCUUCAUCAACAUCCUCAUGUCCUGUCUGGGGUUGCCAUGGAUGCACGCCGCCUUCCCACAUUCCUCCCUGCACGCCCGUCAGCUGGCCAAGGUGGAACAGCACGUCGAGAACGGACACGUCUACACGACUAUCGUCAGUGUGAAGGAGACUCGUCUGACCUCGCUGGUCGCCAACAUCCUGAUCGGCCUGUCGGCGUUCAUGCUGCCCAUCCCUCUGCAGUGGAUCCCCAAGCCCGUCCUCUACGGCCUCUUCCUCUACAUCGCAGCCACUUCGCUUGAUGGGAACCAGAUGAUGGAUCGCAUGUGCCUGCUGUUGAAGGAACAGACCUCCUAUCCUCCCACACACUACGUCCGCCGGGUGCCUCAGAGGAAGGUCCACUUCUUCACCGCGGUGCAGAUGGUCCAGCUAAUCAUCCUGUGUGCGUUCGGGAUGUAUCCUCUGCCCUACAUGAAGAUGGUCUUCCCCCUUCUGAUGAUCUUGCUGGUCCCUGUCAGAAUCAGCCUGCUUCCCCGAUUGAUCGACGCCAAGUAUCUGGAUAUCAUGGACGCCCAGCACAUGUAGAGCAACGAGAGCACACUUUAUGAAUGGAUUCACUUCCUCCAGUUGGAGGGGAAACAGACUCAGAACUCACUGAUUGUGUUAACAACUCAACAAAAUGCAUUUCUGGACCGCAAGAUUUGGAUGUGAGCACUCUGCUGGUGACCGACCGGACGACCAUUUACACCCCUCAGAAGUUAUCUCAUUGUUCAUCACACAUUUAGCAUCAAUGCAGCUUCGAUACUUUAAGAUGUAACAUUCCUGCAUCUUUAUUGUUUUUAACAAUAUAGUCAUGAAGGACUUUC